CCCGUUUUUCCUUGUCUCGGUUUGUUCACAUCAUACAGAAGGAUGGACGUCUCGACACACACACGCCACACACACGUGCCUGCAUGAGGCAGUCGGCGUCGAUCUGUCCGGGUCGAUUCACACACUGACUGACAUAGUACAGCAACCCAGACAACAGCAGUGCCGAGCCUCCUACAUACCUACGAUGGCCACACGCAUAGACGGACAUCACCAGACACGUACGUACAGCACACGAGGGGACCCCUCAAGAUGCAACCACACACGUCCCCCACAACACGACAAAUAUCGACAGAUCAGAUCGACAGAUCAGAAGCGUACGGGCCUUCAUGCACCGCAUCUGUACAGGAGGAGUGGGUGCUGCCGCUGCGACAGGCACAGAGUGUUGCUAUCGCGAAAAAGUAGCGGCUGUCAUGUGAUGGCGAAAAAACAGGUGCCGCCCUUGACUGUCAGUUCGCGGUGGUGACGAUGAACUCCGCAGUCUAUAGAGAGAAACGUCGUCCCCACAGCAGUCGGAGUGUCACGUCUUCUCCGCUCCUUCCCGCGGCAGUCCGAAAAGCUCCUCAAGCGACAGCUCUGCCCUGUCCGCCGGUGGAGGGGUCAGAUCUGCGCCGUGACGGUCGAGCACAACAGGAGUCGGCUCGUCGGUGGAGGGCUCUUUCGCACCUGCACAGGACCACAGAACACAAACCUAUCGCCACUGGACUGAGCUGUUGGCAUUACGUGUGGCACGUAAGUACCGGCAUCAAGGAGCCUCUGCACUGUGGCAUCAAUCAGGUUCAUCAGCGGUCGUCGGUACUCAUAGAAAUCGACACCCAGCUCCCUCUCCAGCGCCAGCCGAACCUCCCUCGCCGUCACAUCCAGGCUGUGCUCACGCAGGUAGGCCUCAAUCCGUCCACACAGUUCCGGCCUCAAGCCUCCCCAGAGAUACGAAUGGGCGUCGUCGUCCAUUCUCGCAGUAUCCGGCAGGUAAUCAGGAAGCGAGAGGGAGAGGGGAGGAGGGAAGAGGUCAUCUGGUCCUGGACCCUCGCUGCCGUACACGCUGGCAAACUGACACUCAGGAGCUGCCUCAGCGUAGGAUUCAGCCACACCUGAUGACAGAAAGACAAACAGGCGCGGUUGCACCCGUCGGUCCUUCCCGCCCUUCCUGUUUUUCCCUACGUUUCUCAGGAUGCAGAGCGGCAGCAAGCACGUCCAAUCGCGCCGCCGGUGACAGCCUCUCGUACUCCUCCAUUGAGCGCAGUAGGCUUUCCAGCGACUCAUGCCUCUCGUCGAUGCGAAGGGCGCAGGUGAGCAGAACUGCGCGCCGUGCGGGAGGCAGCGUGGUGUAGUCGGCGCUGGAGAAGCCAACAGAAGCAAGAGCUGCAUCCAGUGCCUCAAGAGGGUCAGAUGUCAUCGUCGGUGACUGCUGGGUCGGUCAAAGGGCCAUCAUCAGGCCGUGUGCCAUGUGUCAGUCAUUGAUUCGGUCACAGCUUUGGCUCACCA